AUGAUUUCAGCGUGUAUUGUUCAGUCUCAUUUAUGGAAUCAUACCAAGAUUUUGCGUUUGCGUCAAAAUAUGCGAUCAUUGCAUGAUCAAGAGUUUGUAGAAUUUCUUAUUCGCAUUGGUGAUGGUGUUGAACCUACCAAACCAGAUGACAUGGUGAGGUUACCUUUACAUAUUGCAAUCCCAUGGGAAGGUGAACAUUCCAUACAGGUACUUAUCCAACAUAUUUUUCCUAAUUUAGAAUUGCAUGGUUGGGAUGCCCCAUAUAUGGUACAAAGAGCUAUUUUGACACCAACAAAUGAUGAUGUCCAGAAAUUGAAUGAUAUGAUUAUCGAUCAGUUUCCAGGAGAAGAACAUAAUUUGUUAUCGUUUGACGAGGUUGAAGGAGAUAAUCAUAAUUUAUACCAGCAAGAAUUCUUAAACUCAAUUGCACAAGGUAGUUUGCCACCACAUAUUCUAAAGAUAAAAAAGGGUGCACCAUUAAUGUUAUUACGAAAUCUAGAUCCUAGAUAUGGAUUGUGUAAUGGGACCCGGGGUGUUUCACAGACUACAACAAGAGUUUUAACUAGGGAAGGAAAAUUGAAAGGAGAAGAUGCCAAACUAGAACACGAUGAAAUCUUUCAAUUAUGUAAGGAGUUGAGACGAAAGAAUGUUGAAACUUGCUUCAACAUGAAAAUAACAGACUUUGAAGAUAAAUGGAACACAUGGAAGGAUGAACAAAGUAUUUCAUCCAUCGACAAACUCGACAAUAAGGUGUAUUUAUCUUUUCCAAAUCCAGGUAAUUCAGAAACAAGUCAUAACUGUUGUUCUACCAAAUCUAGACUAAAACAAAGUAUCUACAUUCUCCAGUUUUUUAAAUCUCAAGAGCGCAUUGAUAAAGGGAUGUACGAAGAAUUGAUUCAAAUCUUUAUAAGAGAAAAAGAAAAUACUUCGAAUAGAGAUUUUAUGUUCGGCAUUCCUCUUAAAGAAUGUCAUUGA